AUGGCUAUGCAGGCCGCAAGGAGGCUAGCGUCCUGGAGCCUCCAACGACGCCUACUCCUUCCCUCUCAGGUUCAGGCCCCAAGCAUCCCAACCGCGGCGGCGGCGGCGGCCUUUCUCCACUCCCACGCCACCAGCUUCGGGUACAAGCAGGUGCGCGAAGAGGAUAAGAGCAAAUUGGUUGGCAACGUGUUCAGCAGCGUGGCUUCCAGCUACGACCUCAUGAACGAUCUCAUGAGUGUCGGCCUGCAUAGGCUGUGGAAGGACAGGCUUAUUUCCAAGCUGAACCCCUUUCCGGGGAUGAAGCAUCUCGAUGUGGCUGGUGGAACAGGCGAUGUUGCUUUUCGUGUACUGGAAAGAAUUAAGAGUGUGGGUCACAGAGCUAUGCAGGGUACUCUUACUGAAACCGAAGAAGACACCCACAUUUAUGUCUGUGACAUUAAUCCAAAUAUGCUAAAUGUUGGGAAAAAGCGUGCUGCAGAAAGAGGGUAUAGCAAAGAACAUUGUCUUAGCUGGGUACAAGGAGAUGCAGAAGCUCUGAGUUUUGAGGAUGGAUCUAUGGAUGGUUACACUAUCGCAUUUGGGAUCAGAAAUGUGACGCACAUUGAGAAAGCUCUAUCAGAAGCUUACAGGGUUCUAAAGCGAGGGGGGAGGUUCCUAUGCUUGGAGUUGAGUCAUGUGGAUGUCCCUGUUUUUAAAGAGAUCUAUGAUGUUUACUCGUUUUCUGUGAUUCCGACUAUUGGAGAGCUGGUUGCUGGUGAUAGGCAGUCGUAUCAAUACUUGGUUGAGAGCAUCCGUCGGUUUCCAAAUCAGGAAAAGUUUGCUCAGAUGAUUCAGGAAGCCGGAUUCCAGAGGGUGGAAUAUGAGAACCUCGUGGGUGGUGUAGUUGCCAUUCAUUCUGGACUGAAGUUGUAG